AUGGUGCUGCCUCCGGUGACCGAAGUUUUACUCGAGGCUGAGGAGGUUCUAAAACAAUGUUUCGAAGAAUACGAAUUGGACGAAGUGUUUCUCUCGUUCAACGGUGGCAAAGACUGCACAGUGCUAUUAGACAUCACAUUACAAGUACUCGAACGAAUGCACGGAAAAGAUGACAUCGCUAAACAACUCAAAGUUAUGUACAUCAGAACAGGAGAGACAUUUAAAGCCAUAGAGACGUUUGUCAACAGAGUUGAGAGCCAUUAUGGCCUGAAAAUGAUGGUCACAGAGGGAGACUUAAAAUCUUCUUUAGAAAAACUAUUGAAUGAUGAUACGAGAAUAAAGGCGUGCUUGAUGGGGACAAGGCGGACGGACCCGUAUAGUGAAAAUUUAGAAUUCAUGCAGAGAACAGACUCAAAUUGGCCACAGAUAAUGAGGGUGUCACCGCUACUCAACUGGUCCUACCAUCAGAUUUGGAGUUACAUCUUACAACAAAAUGUACCAUAUUGUAUAUUAUAUGAAAAAGGGUACACCUCUAUAGGCAGCAAGCACAACACGAGACCAAACCCCAAGCUAGAAAUCAAAGAUGCUUCUGGUAACAUCUCAUAUCUACCGGCAUGGCAUCUCAAAGAAGGUUCCGCAGAACGGGCUGGUCGUGGCAGUGUUACGAGUCAAGUAAACGGUCACAAUGGCCACAGGCACGACGAACCAGACGACUGA